GGAGACGCCAUUAGAGGGAGGAGAGGCAGCUCUCCCCUAGCCUCGGGUCCCUGACGUGGUGGCCGGGGCCCUUCAUUCUGGGACUUUCUCUCGGCCCUCGCAGGCCUCGCCCGCGGAAGGACGCGGCGAGCACCGGGCUCGGCGGGGCGUGAAAGAGCCGGGCCCGGGAGGAGCGGGCGCCCCGGCGGCGGCGGUGCGGGGUUCGGCGCGGCGCUGGGCUCGGGCGGCGGGGUAGCGGCGGCGGGAUGGCUGCGGCCGGCGGCGGGGCGGCGGCGGCGGCGGGCCGAGCCUACUCCUUCAAGGUGGUGCUGCUCGGGGAAGGCUGCGUGGGGAAGACGUCGCUGGUGCUGCGCUACUGCGAGAACAAGUUCAACGACAAGCACAUCACCACCCUGCAGGCAUCUUUCUUAACAAAGAAGUUAAAUAUUGGUGGAAAAAGAGUAAACCUUGCCAUAUGGGACACAGCAGGUCAGGAGAGAUUCCACGCACUGGGCCCAAUUUACUACCGAGAUUCGAACGGAGCUAUUUUAGUUUAUGAUGUAACGGAUGAAGAUUCCUUUCAGAAGGUAAAAAACUGGGUCAAAGAAUUACGAAAAAUGUUGGGAAAUGAGAUCUGUUUGUGUAUAGUUGGUAAUAAAAUAGACUUGGAAAAGGAGAGGCACGUCUCUAUUCAAGAAGCAGAAUCGUAUGCAGAGUCUGUGGGAGCCAAGCAUUACCAUACUUCCGCUAAACAGAACAAAGGCAUUGAGGAGCUCUUUCUCGACCUUUGUAAAAGAAUGAUAGAGACAGCCCAGGUGGAUGAGAGAGCAAAAGGCAAUGGCUCGAGUCAAGCCGGGGCUGCAAGGCGAGGUGUGCAGAUCAUCGACGACGAGCCUCAAGCUCAGAGCAGCGGAGGGUGCUGUUCCUCCGGCUAACUGCUCAGCCUGUGACCCUCAAAACAUAAGAGAACUGUGGAUCAUUGCCCUCAACAUGAAGACUGCCAUAUUCCAAGUCACAUCAUUUUACCAAUGGAGUUAUAGAAUUAACAGUAUUUUCAAUUACGUUUAUAACACUGCAGAGACCUUAAGUGCUAAACUUAGUGGAGUUUGUGACCAGAGAAUUGGCAUUUUCUACAAAUGUUAACAAAGCAAUUACCAAUGGCCUUUUUACAUAUUUUUUCUUUAAUGAGGAAUAAUAUGCAUGUAGAAAAGACCUACUUAAAGGCUUCAUUUAUAUUCUUUUAAAUCAGAUCUUUAUUUAAUAACUUAUAUAUGAUGUUGGAAUGGUAUACAUUUUUGCAGUCCUUUGUAUUUUGUGGUAGUUUGAAUUGUAUCACUUCUAAACAGCAUACUGUUUUUGUUUUUGUUUUUUGAUUAGCAGAUACGUGAAGUUCUAUUUUUGCAGGGUUUGCACAGGCCCCUAACUGUCUACUACUUUGAUAUAAUCUAUAAACAUCCUGUAUGCUGAGCUGGUAAAAUACAUUGUAAAUUACAUAUUAAAUAUUUUAUCUGCUUUUACAAGCGCAAGGUGCAAAAAUAUAUACAAUUGUCAUCUUGAUGACUGUGAGGUGAAUUAACCGUUGGUGAUAACACCUAAGCUUUUGACUCUGUUAUAGCGCUCACCACCCCUUCCCUUGUCUUAACGUGGAAGUGCGCACUUACGUGUUCACAGACUUACCUGACUCGCUUACUUACCGGCUGCUGUCACCUUCCCCUUCCCCUUUUUCUGUUUCUUUUUUCCUUUCUUUUUCUUUUUUCUUUUCUUUUUUUUUGGCCUCUGUAUGUCCCAGUGAUCCAAAAGCAGCGUUUGCCUUUUUAUUGUUAUUAAACAAGUUUCCUUCUGCCA